GAAGAGGGAGAGUCGUUGACCACAAUCUUGACCACCGUCGAGGACCGCUCUGCCUUGACAGUCUUGGUCGCCGAGUGUACAGAGGCAAUGCGUCAGACAUUGCUAGCCACAUUCGACGCCAAAGAGACUGGCACCACCUCGGAUCUCGUUGCCAAUAUCAAACCCCAGGAUGAUGCGUCCACUUCUAAACCAACACCUUCCGAGGAAACUCCAGAGCAAAAGGCCCAAGCGCAACAAGAUUUGCAGCGGAGGGAGAAGGAACUCAGUGCUACCAAACUCCAGGAAUUAAAGGAGGCUGCAUUGAACUACUUCGACCAGUGGAACAGCGCCGUACUGGGGCGUGUCGGAGAAGCCAUCAACUCGAGAGCAGAGCCGCCACCACCAAAAGCAGCGAAGCCGCAAUCACCUCACGAAGAGACUCCACCUGGCGCCGUACCGCCUCAACGCUUCCAAGAUCCUUCCGAGUAUGAUGUAGACGUGGACAAAACCCUGGUGGAGCAAUAUCCGCCCGUCCAGACGUCGCUCAGCCAACUACAGUCCGAAAAGAAAGCACUCAUCAUUCAUUCUGUUUUAUUACUACUGCUCAGCCUCGAGCACUAUCACGCACACUCGCGCGUCCUACUGCUCCAUCUCACGACAAGUCUAGGCCUUACGAUCAAGCACCUUGCCGCCGAUGAAAACAAGGUGGCUCGCGGACUCUUGGCCGUGGCCGAGAAUCUGCAAGCAGAUGAGGAAACCAAAAAGCAAGCAAAAGAGAACAAGUCUGCUCGCAAGUGGAAAGUAGGCCUGGCGGGCGUGGCUGGUGCUGCUUUAAUCGGCGUAACGGGCGGUCUCGCGGCGCCCCUGCUCGCAGCUGGACUCGGCACCGUCAUGGGUGGUCUCGGCCUGGGAGCCACGGCUGCUGCGGGAUAUCUGGGCUCUCUAGCUGGCAGUGCUGUCUUGGUUGGUGGAUUAUUUGGAGCUUAUGGUGGUCGAAUGACUAGUCAAAUGAUGGACAAAUAUGCGCGCGAAGUGGAAGACUUUGCCUUUGUGCCUGUUCAGUCGACGCAUCGCCCGCGGAAGAUUGAGAAGGAGUACAGGCGCCUGCGAGUGGGCAUCGGCAUCUCCGGUUGGCUCACCAACAAGGAAGAUGUCGUUGAGCCGUGGAAAGUCAUCGGAGUCGAAUUGGAAUCUUUCGCCCUGCGAUGGGAACUCGAGGCUCUCAUGAACCUGGGCAACGGCUUGUUGACUCUCGUCAAGAGCGCAGCAUGGGGCUUUGCGAAGCGGGAAAUCAUCAAGCAGACGGUCUUUGCCGCUUUGAUGGCCGGACUGUGGCCUCUGGGCCUUCUCAAAGUCUCGCGCAUUGUCGAGAACCCAUGGUCAGUGGCUUCCUACCGUGCGCAGAAGGCCGGUGAAGUGCUGGCAGAUGCUCUCAUCAACAAGGCCCAGGGUGAAAGACCGGUCACUCUGGUGGGCUACAGUCUCGGUGCAAAGGUGAUCUACACGUGCUUGCAGCGACUUGCGGAGCGCAAAGCAUUCGGACUGAUCGAGUCGGUGGUGCUCAUCGGCUCACCAUCUCCCGCGGCGUCCGCUGACUGGCGGGUCAUCCGGACGGUAGUAGCUGGCCGUGUCGUGAAUGUGUACAGCACAGAGGACUACCUGUUGGCCUACCUUUACCGGACAGCAAGCAUUCAAUACGGCGUUGCAGGCCUGCAGGCGAUCGAAAACGUCAAAGGCAUCGAAAACAUCGACGUCACCAGCAUGAGCAACGGCCACACCAACUAUCGCUUCUUGACCGGCCACAUCCUCAAGAAGAUAGGAUUUGAGAAUGUGGACAUGGAGCAGCUCAGGAACGAGGAGAAGGCACUGGAAGAAGAGCAAAAGAAGGAAGAGCAAGUGGUGGAGGGUGGGGAUAGCCAAAAUGGCGACGUUAGCGAGGAGUACGUGCAAGGCCUCGAGAAGGAGGUGGAGCAGAAGAACGAGCAGUCGUACAUGGGCUGGGCGCAGGAGAAGAUGAUGGCUGCCGGUACGAGUGCAUCGGCGGCUUACGAGAAGGCGAGGUCUCAGAUUCAGGGCGGGCAAGGA